CCCCUUCGCCAUGUGGCUGCUGCGCGCUGCAGCCCGGCUCGCUGCCUCCUGUGGGCUGCGUGGGGGCCCUUCCCUGGCGCAGGAGCAGGUGAAAUCAGAAGGGAAGCGUCAAAAACAGAUCUGCCAAGUUGUUCUGGAUCACUUUGAGAAGCAAUACACGCAGGAGCUGGGAGAGGCAUGGAGCACAGUCAGGGAGGUGCUCACAUCACCAUUGUGCUGGCAAUAUGCUGUUCUGCUUAAUAAAUUCAGCUAUUCCUCUGAACUGGAGAACAACUUGCAUUUGAAGGGGUAUCGUAUUCUCUUUCAGGAAACCUUACCCUAUCUCCCAGGAUCAUUAAAAUGUUACAUUAGUAGAACUCCUGGGAGAUUCCCUGCACAAAAACACCAGAUCGGUAAACUCAAGAAGUAUUAUCUGCUGAAUGCUGCUUCCCUUCUGUCAGUGCUGGCACUGGAAAUAAAGGAUGGGGAAAGGGUUUUGGAUAUGUGUGCUGCUCCAGGCGGUAAAUCAAUAGCAAUGCUGCAGUGUGCUUGGCCAGGUCAUCUUCACUGUAAUGAGUAUGAUAGUCUGAGAUCAAAGUGGUUGAAACAGACACUAGAAUCCUUCAUCCCAGAGCCCCUGAUGAAUUUAAUUACUCUCUCUGAACUGGAUGGGAGACAGAUUGGAGACCUCCAUCCUGAAUUGUAUGACAAGGUACUGCUGGAUGCUCCGUGUUCAAAUGACAGAAGUUGGUUAUUCUCUUCUGAUAUUCGGCAGGCUACACUUAGACUCAUCCAAAGGAAGGAGUUAUCUGCCCUACAGGUACAGCUACUAAGGUCUGCCAUUAAAGCCUUGUGUCCUGGAGGAUCUGUGAUUUAUUCUACGUGCACUCUCUCGAAGGCAGAAAAUAGUGAUGUAAUCAGUCACAUCCUAAACUCCUACAAUAACGUUCUGCCUGUAGAUAUAAGUGAACUGGCCAGUGUCAUUUCCGAUGAGUUCUCUCUGGUUGCUGGUGUCCAGCCACAUGAACUUUUAGUACUUCCAGCGAAGGGGAAAGCAUGGGGGCCUAUGUAUGUAGCUAAAUUAAAGAAAACGUAGUCUGGGUGGCAUUAUUAGGCUUUUGUAAGUCAUAUUGACAGAUUUUUAUUUAUGUUAAUACGCUGUAUGCAUAUGCAGUCUGUGCCAAAUAUUUGUCCAAAUAGCCUGGAUUUAGAGUUGUGAACUGGUAUAUCAGAUGCUGUCAAAUGAUCAUUACAUUUGAGAUUUAAUUUGUAAAUAGACAAUAUCUAGUAUGGCCUAAGCCUGCAGUUGGAUCAGCUGGCACAAACCUCUGGCAUCUGGACCCAUGUGGAGCCCAUUAAUGUAUAAGUCUGCAGAGGCAAUGUAUUCCAGAUUCCAUAAUAUCUUGAGGAGCCCAAACGCACUUAACCUUCUAUACAGCAGCAUGGCAGAAAUGCAUCUGCUUUUGGGGUGAAGGGCAGUAACCAGCUCGCACAGACCUUGCUGUACAGUGAGGAAGAGAGGCUCUUCAGUGUCUGCCUGAGGUGGACAGGACGUUCGCCAUGGUCUCAUCUGACUGACCUGCACAAAAUAAACCUGCACAGAACUUAACUACUCUUUCACAAGAGGAUGCAGAGUUGCAUCACCUCUGCUGGGUUUGAAGUCGUCCCAAGGAGUCAGUAUGUCAAACUUGAUACUCUCACAUUCCUGCUAAUGGCACAAAAAGAAACACAAGUUGCUUUGUUAAAAAAAAAUAAUCCUAAAAUACUUUCAUAAUGAAAAUUUGUUGACAGGAAGACAGCUAUGCAAAGUAAUGAUUUAGUCUACAGAGACAUUUUGUACAUCAGGGCAGCAGUCAAAGUACAAUGCACACGUUUUAUAUUGUUUUCUAUAAAGGAAAUGUCAAUCUUU